AUGUCGGACGCGAUCGCCAACCACAUGAGAACCUCCAUUAUUGCGCGGAAAGACGGCGAGCAAUCGGCUCUACAGGACGGAGACGAAAACACCAUGUGGCAGUCAGCAUGGAGCAUGAUGGCCUCUAUCAACUCGCGCUUUGCAUUGGCGGACUCGGUUUCGGCCCCCGACCCGACUUUAUUGGACAUUGACAUGCACGAUCUCUGGCAUACGUACUGGCACGGCGCUGCUAACACCGCCCCCAACAGCCCCAAGCUGGACAGACUCGCACUGCAGAUCAUCCAGUCGAGGGAGCAAGGCACGCUGGCCGUGACGUCGGAAGGGUACCGGAUCUGGACAGACCUUCCUUUCUUGGUACAGGACAUGACGGCCCAUUGGAUUCACAACUGCGCCGUCAUGGGCUCCGCGCAGCAGCUUAGCGGCGCCCACUUUCUGGCCCUCCUCGCCGCGGCAGGCACAGCAGCUGACGACGCUCUGUGCGGCAUUGCGCUCGUUGUGCUACGGGAGGCGUUGGAGACACCGCGAGGACUUGGUCAUCUGACCGCAAGAAGUCGUGAUCCUGAUCGUCAGCUGCAGGAUCUCAGCGUAGCCGAUCUGCUACCCCCUGCGAAUGCGUGGCUCUUCACGGCUGGCAGAAAGCUGGUACAGCUUUCGGACGUGGAGUGGAACCGGUGCCCUACGGAUGUCGGGAAGCUCGGUGAGCUUGUUCUGGCUCAGAGUGCAACUACCGAUCCCACCUUUGCCGAAGUUGCUUUGCCAUCGCAUGGAGGAUUCAGCCCGCAGCGAUGGACAUGGUGA